AUGUCGUCCUCGCCUCUCGUCGGCCGUGAAGACUCGGCAAUCAUCGAGGGGACCGGCGGCAUGACUCUCCCCGUUCUCCUCGCCAUCGCCAUAGGAGGUGGGCUCCUCCUCUUCAUCUGUCUCGCCUUCCUCCUCGUCGCCCUCGCCAGCCGUCGUCACCGUACAAAGACACUCUCCCCACGAUGUAUGUCGGGGGAAGACGACGAGGUCGCCUCGGACGGCGGCCCGCCUCACACUUCCAGCUCCAGCCCUCGCCCCCGCCGCCUCACCAAGACGCAGCCGAGACACGGCGGCCACCAGACGUACAUGGACAUGGUGGAGAUCCACGAGCAGCAGCCGCACCGCUCCCUGGCGUCCAUCAUGAGCGUGCCGCGGAGCAAGACGUUCGACGUAUUUGGCGCGCCGGCCGAGGCCGCCGAGGGCCAGCAGAGGGGCGGACACAUGAGGAGGAACCACAGCUGGAUCGAUGAGGACGCGAUCCACGGCCCAAAGGUGCAGAGGGACGAGAGGCGGCUGAGCAUCCGCGACAGCUUCAUCUUGAGGACGCCGACGCUGCCUGAUAUGGCGGGGUUCAAGGAGGAAGAGGCCUUCGCGGACAGCCGGUUCCACGGCGAUGACCAUCAGCAGCACCCUUACAUCAUCCAGCAGCCCCGGCCGGUGAGUCUGCCUCCGCAGCGGAGCCAGCAGCCGAGGAUAACGAUCCAGACGGCCGCGUCGUCGUAUGAGCACGCGGAGAAGAUGGCUGCCGCGGCGAGGUGUAGUGCUCCGCCCGGUCCGCAGGUGCAGAGGGUGGGAUCUUUGCAACGGCUGCGGCACAAGACGACCGAGUCCGACCUCGCUGAGAUUCUCCGGUCCACGGAGGAGAGGUUGCAAAGCGUCACGCCGAUGAAUAGUAGACCUGCCACGCGCCAGAGAGCGAACUCUGCUUCGGCCGGUUCGAGCGUGCUGACUCCGCGAGGAUCCCCGACCAAGUCACAGUCACCUGUCAAGAUUAGCUCACCGGUUAAAGCGCCGCCCGGCUCGCCGACUAAACCUCACUCUCCGAUAAAGUUCGACUCCCCGGUGAAGCGCGAUAUGGUGGUAGACCAGGUUGGGUUUGCCAUGGGCGCGUUUACACAGCAGCAGCAGCAACAACAACCUCAGCAGCGCAUGCGCACACCUAGUCCCCAAAAGAGACUAUCGGUGGUAUCAGCGCACACGCCUGACCCCCGUCACAAGCGUAAUAUCUCACAAAUAUCGAUUACUUCCGACGGAGACAGUUUGUUCGGCGAGACGACGCCGGAGAUUGAAAAUAUCCUCUCCAUGGGGCUGACGAGCCCAAGUAGGCGGUCCAAUGACAACUCCCCAGCGAAUGAGGCCAAGCCCGAGGACAGGUGUAUGUCGAUUGGGUCGCUCGGAAGCAACGCCUCGUCUUCGUUGUCGACGUUGUAUAGCGUCAACGAACCGGAGGACGACAGCAAGACUGGCGGAGGGGUACACGGCGAGGGCACCGUCCGCGGCCGGAAACCAAAGGGCCUCGUCAUCGACACGCAAAUAUGCGAUCCCUUCAUCACACCGCCGGAUGUACCACCCCGAAGCCCUAAACGUCUGUCGGCAAGCUUACCCCCGCUCCGCCGGGUCACGCCGCCAGAGGAGAAGACACCGGUCGACUGCAAAUCAGCGAGCAACUCCCCGCAUCCGAAGCGAGGCAGCACGGCGGAAAAGAACCAGCCGCGACUGUCUAUCCUAAUGCACGCGCCCAGCCUACCCCCGUCACCAGAUACAAUACGUCCCAAGAGCGUGACGUCGAUGAAGCCCGUCGUCCUCGUCUCCAGCACUACUGUAGUCAGCAUGAAAGCCAGCCCAGGGACGUCACCAGAAGGCAACGCCCAGCCGGAGACGCCAACGAAUAAACCAAAUACGGGCCAGAAGACCAACGUCUUCCCGCCUCCAAUGAACCUACACCCGGCUCUCGAGUCACCGACCCGCGAAGUAUCGGUGAUGGAGAGCCCAGAGGGCAACAUAUCUUUGCUUGGGGGAAGCAUCUCCCCCAAGAUCCGCCCUGCAAGGAACUCCCUCCACGGAUCCGGUCCCGCGUCGUCCCCUCCGCGUCUGCCGCUUCCCAACCCGGAGCUCCACCGCGAACCGAGAAACGGCUCGCCAACGCCGGGAAGACAUAAACGCCGCGGCAUGCGCAGUCCCGCUCUCGGACGCACGCUCUCCCGCCAAUCAUCCACCUCCAGAGACCACCGCGCCGAUUACCCUUCCAUCAUCCUCAACCCGUCAGGCUCGCCGAAGCGGAACUCGUUCCAUAGAGAUUUCGCAGUAAUGGGCUUACAAUCGACGGUCGCGCAGCUCCGACGGAUGAACAGCCAGAUGAGCACCCUCAGCGGCGGAUCCUCCGUCUCGGACCCGGAGAGCCCCACUUUACCUAAUAUGCGCGGCGGCGGGUUCAGCCCCGAUAGGAGUAAUAGCCGCGUGAGCAAGAUCGGGCGACAGAAUUACCUGGCGCUUGGCAACCCGAAAGCAAAGCGGAACACGCGGUCGUCUAUCAAGGGGGCGCGGAACUCUAUUGCCGUGAUCAAAGGCCGACCUGGUGCGAACGCGAGGUUGGAGACGCUGAGGGCGGCGGUGGAGGAACAGGAGAACGAGGCGAGGGUGGUCGGGGUGGUGAGGGGCCCUAGGCCGCUUGAACCGUCGCCGAGGUCGCAGAGAACGAUAACGCGUGAAACAGGGAGCCCUGAGAAGAGCCCGGGGAGGUCGCUGGGGGAGACGUAUGGGGGCGUGAGUGGGUUAGAGUCAGAGACGGAGGCGUCACCGAGCAAGCUGUCACCGUCGCGUGGUGGUCUGAUGGCGGACGCCAUCGGGAUUGUCCGGUUUUGA